AGAGUGCACUCCCCUAGACAACUAUGGCAAGAUGGCGACGCCCAUAAAAUUUUACAAACAAAUGAACAAUAAUUAAACAUUUAUAAAUUACUAGUUUAGAUCUAGAUUAGGUUAAAAGAUAUAUGAUAUAGAUCUAGUCUAGAAACUAUAUCAACACUAGAUAGGAAAUGGAGGACAAUCUGAAAAAGAUUUUUCAGAAAAAGAUCUAUGAUAUUAUCUCUCACAAAUAUGGAAUUUUAAUGUUGCUCGCUGGAGCAUUUUUAAUAACGCUUUCGGCUAUUCAUUUUGGAGAGGCUUGGUUGGAAUGGAGUCAUGAGAAAUAUGAAGCUGUUUUCAAUUCAUUCAGUGAUAAUAUUGCAGGAAGAUCAUUCAGAGAAAGAUUGUCUGCACCCCUGCCUAUUGAUGUUGUGUAUACAUGGGUAAAUGGGACUGACCCUGAUCUCACGAGGCAGCUAGAACUGGUCAAAAUCUCACUGGAAGAAGAAUUGAAUGUGACAAGAAAACAAAGAAAGGAGAGGGAGGAAAAAUGUACUUUCACAAACUGCCUGUUUGUUGGUGUUCUUGUGCACCCACCUCUGCUGACCAACAUGUCACUGGAUGACAUUCACAAAGUUGAUGCCAUGUUUCUUAAUGUUACUGCCACUCAAGACAUCAAAGAGAACAAAGAUGGACCAUCCAAUUUUACUCUACUCUUCAUAGAGCAAGAAACAGUUGUGAAGUCUUUACUGAGACAAACAACAUCUGGCUGGACUUUCAAGGGAGUUAAUUAUACAAUGAAGCCUGCUUACUAUACAAGUGAGAUCACUCUGCCUCAUGGUUUGAUUAUGCCAGAAGUGAUCAUGAUGUCAGGAUACCCCAGUCACUACAGUGAUGGAGAUGUGCAGCAGACCAUUACUAAGAGACUGAAUAUAACAGAGAAAGGUUCAGUUCCAGUGAAGAUGUAUAAAGACAAAGGGGUUAGCUUGCUCCAGAUUUCACUCAAAGAUCAUUAUGAUAAACUGAUUAAGGAGAAAAAUUUCACAAUUGAUCACAAAGUUCAGAGGCUAUCUUCUGUUAAAUUAGUCUGGGAUCUGCGUUAUGUUGUUAAAAAUGAUGUUGUGGCCUCCAAUAGAUUUGAAGAUAAUGAGGAGCUUCGCUACUCUUUGCGAUCCCUGGAACAGUUUGCUCCAUGGGUUAGACAUGUCUAUAUUGUGACCAAUGGUCAGAUACCUUAUUGGCUGAAUUUAGACUGUCCACGGAUCACUGUUAUCACCCAUGAUGAAAUUUUUGACAACAUCAGCUACCUACCCACAUUCAGUUCUCCAGCCAUUGAGGCCAACAUUCACAAGAUUCCUGGUCUGUCUGACAAGUUUCUGUAUUUAAAUGAUGAUGUGAUGUUUGGCAGUCCAGUUUGGCCAGAUGACUUCUAUACACACUCCACGGGACAAAAGUUAUACCUGACUUGGCCUGUACCUAACUGUAAUGAAGGUUGUCCAUCAACUUGGAUCAGAGAUGGCUAUUGUGACAAGGCCUGCAAUUCUUCAGAGUGUGAUUGGGACGGUGGAGAUUGUUUAGCAACGAAUGGCCGUGUCCAACUGGGAGCAGGUUUCCAUGAUGCUGGACAUCGACUAUCUGACUACUCAUCUUACUGCAAUACAGGAUGUGCCAAUAACUGGCUAGCAGACAAGUACUGUGAUCAGGCCUGUAAUAAUCUCCAAUGUGGUUUUGAUAUUGGUGAUUGUGGUAUCAAAGAUUACAAUCAACUCUAUUCCAUUGACUUUGAUAUUCAAAAAGCACAUUAUAGACUACCACCAGGUGAACUAAUUGGUUAUUUUAACAUGAGUGCAAUUCUUACGGACAAGAAUAAGGUCAAGUCUGCUAGCUACAGUCCAAACACUGCCAUAAGAGCUGUAGCUGUGGCCAACAAGUUUAAAGUAUUAACAGUUGUACUGAACAAAGGUCACAAUGCCACUGUCUUACUGUUUGACAUUACCUACCAGCUCAAUGCUAAUGAUACAAAAAGAAUCAAUUUCACUUUACAUGUGGAUACAUCAGUCACCAAGACUACACAGGCCUCUUUAGUUAGUCCAGUCAAUGAGACCACAAAGUCACCUGUUAAACUUGAUGAUGUCUUAGACAGUGAAGCAUUUAUGGCAUUUACUGGAGGACAAAGAAGUCCAGUUGUUUCCCCUCACUUAAAAACUGAUGACAUUGACGCAGCAAAGUCUUUGAGCAUUGAUGUUGACAUUUUAGAUUUGUACCAACAUGUACAGAUGUCAGAAGAGUUAACGAAAGCUUUAUCUCUUAUUGAUCAGGCUUACAAAGAAGGUGAAUUAACGGAUAUUGGUUUGAAAGUAAAGUUUUAUGAUUUGCUUGUACACCACAAGGAAGAGUUGGAUUCAUUGAAUACUGCUUUUCAAGAAGAAAGAGUGAAAUUAUUGAAUAAAAAAUUGAAAGACGGUGAAGCACUAAAUAAAACAAAAAACUUUUCCCAAAAUAAAACAUCAGAGCCAAAUGCAGUCAAAAGUCAAGCUGGUAACAAAACUUCUGAAGUAAAGAUGGCCAGAAAUCUGUCAAAGGAGCAGCAGACACAGUCUCCAGAUCUAAAAAAUUGGCUACAGUUUCAAGAUGGCCCUCGAAGGUCUGGUCCAAACCAAGAAGAGAUUGGGAAAGGCGGUCUGCAAAACUCUGUGCGGUCCAACAGUCGCAAGGCCGCUCCUGUACAUCCAAAACUGGGCAAUUAUCAUGCCAAAGACUUCUAUGAUAAAGCAAGAGAAGCUCAACAAAUGGAACAGCAAGUAGAUAAAGGCCUGCCUGGCUCCCAGGUUGAUGAGAGGAAAGAAAAAGCAGUUACUCAGAAUUAUACCGGACGUAAGCUCCUAGCUGUACUUUACUGGUCAGAUCUGGAAGAACAAAGAGAAAAAAGUAGGUUAAAGAUGCAGCAAGACAGCCUUGGAGAUGAGAUGUCUGAUGAAGAUUUCCUUAGACUUGUGAGCAUUGGUGAGACCAGAGAAAAUGUUGGUGGCUUCCCUUGGGAAAGAAAAGAUGGUGAGAGUGAGAAAGCAAAAGAGAAAGCCAAUGAAUACACUAUAGAAGGCUGGCAGGGGAGACAACUGCUAGACACUUUUGGGGAUUCUCUUAGACAUGUUAACCAUAUCUACAAUAAGGAAUUUGGUUUCCAGGCCCGUAAAGUACCAGGGCAUAUGCCACACAUGAUUGAUAAGAACAUUAUGUUUGAGCUUCAAAACAGAUUCCCUAAAGAGUGGGAUGCCACUUCCUCCCACAAAAUUCGCAGCUCCACAGACAUGCAGUAUGCAUUUGCUUACUACUACUAUCUGAUGGGAGUAACUAUAGCAACAUCUGUGGAGGAAAUCUUCAAUCAAAUGGACACUGACCACUCUGGAAUUCUGUCCGACAGAGAAAUUCGAACCCUUGCAGCGAGGAUGUAUGAUCUCCCACUUUAUUUAGAGACUCUUACAGGCUUAGAAGCAAUGUUAACAAAUUGUUCACACAACCAAAGUGAUCCAACUCUACUGACUUUAUCAGAAGAUCAAAAAGAAAAUUACUAUGACAAAUCCAUGCCUCAUGUGACCAAAUAUUUAUUUACCCAUUGUGAUGCUAUUGAACAGUUAGUGAAAUCAAAGUUCAAACCAAAACUGAAAUAUAAGUACAUCACAUCAGAUGAUGCAGACAUUACAUUUAAGAUGAUUCACACCAAUGUUUCCCAUGUUGUUGGACAACUUGAUGACAUCAGGAAACAUCCAAAGAAAUUUAUUUGUUUAAAUGACAACAUUGAUCACAGUAGAGAUGAGGCCAAAACUGUCAAGGCCAUUUUGCAAGAUUUUUAUGAGUCACUUCUGCCAAUUCCAUCUCAGUUUGAACUACCUAGAGAUUACAGGAAUAGGUUUCUGCACAUGAGAGAAUUGAGAGAGUGGAGGAUCUACAGAGAUCAGUUGAGAUUUUGGACUCAUGUUGCUCUGAUUGUUUUAGUCUUGUUGGCUGUUAUCUCAUUUUUGGGUGAUAAGAUUGAUGCUCUGAAAAGAAAAUGGAGCAGCAGGAAACGUAGGAGAAGACGAACAUCCUCCAGCCCUGAAUCAACACCUCCAACCUCUGUGUCAAGUUCCCCAAGCUCAGAGUCUAAAGACGGUCCGAGUACCUUCGUAGUGUGGGACGAUGUGACAGAGACAGUAUGACAAUUACUGCUAGGGCUGCUCUCUCCAAAUGUUAUGAUCUUUGUGUUAAGUCUAGUUUUCCUCAUCAAUUUAGUUGUCAUAGGACUACACAUGCUGAACUGAGCAACUAGUUUGACAUUGGCUAGGAAGUUUAACCUAUUCAUAUGCCCCCAACCCAUCCAAAAAAAUGUGAAGUUCCUGGUUACAAAUAAACAUACAUAAUGUGAGAGUUUAUUGUAUCCCCAAAAAAAAGGUAGUUUUCUAAAAUGUAGUAGAGAAACAUUGUUACGUUGUGUUUUACAAUCAGCUGAAGUAGCUGAUUGAGAGUUUUUGUUGCCUUUAGACAGUGAAAACAUUAUGAGAAUUGUUACUUAAAGAACGUUUCUUACACCAAUUUUGUUAAUGUAAUGUUUGAUUAUUGUUAAGUGCUUCUUUGUUCUCAGUUCUUGGAAUGUAAAGAACCUGGGAAAAAUUGAAACAAGAAGCUAUAGUAGAAUGCUGGCAUGUAGCCUUUUAAAGGAAAGCAAAUAGAGAUUUCAUAGAAUAACUUCAUCAUUAACUUUAGAGCUUAAAAUUAGGUGGUGUAGUCGAUUUCUCACAUGUUUAGAGUCUCUUUUUUUGAAAACCUUAGCUGCCCCAUAGAUUUAAUAUUUGGGCCUGUACAUUAAAUCCAUACACCAAUUAAAUGGUUUGAUCUCAGUGUCUUAGUAAAUGUUUGACUUGGUAUUGCCAAUGUUGUGACUACUGUUGAAGGAGGGAUGUGUGUUGGGAUGAAACUAGAGCAGCCCUAGCCUGAGUGUGUCUGUGUUUGCAGUCAUGACUUUUGAAGUUUUGACCAACAUUCCUAUCUGUGAUUGCAGGAUGACCUGCACAGAUCCACUUGUCAUUGUAUUUUACUAAUAUAUUUUUACUGUUUACAUUUCUGUGUAUCAAUGAUGAUGUAUUGAAUGUGAUUUCAGGCCUAGAGCCAUUUAUUGUACAGUUGUUGAUUGUAUUAGUGCCAAUGUAUUUAUUGAGUUCUCACAUGACUGGAUAAAACAGAGAAGGAAUUGGAUCAGAAUUUGGGUUUGUUGUUUUUUUUUGUGCCACUCAUUUGAAGUAUUACUUAAUCAUUUGGUCUUCAUCAUCAAGUUUUUGAUAUUUACUUGUUUUUUUUUUUAUGAAUUAUCUUUCUAGACAGAACAAAAUCUUUUCUUAUUUCUUUUUAAUCCUUCCAUCUUUUUAAUACUUCAACAAUUCUUUUGUCGCUUGUAGUUUUCAAAGAAAAAUAAUUGAAGGUCACAGCUAAAAACUUAGUGCUAGCAUUAAUACUUAAUUAAUUAAUGAAAAGAUUUUAGUGUAUUCAAUUAAGUGAAUUUAUUUUAAACAACAAAAAAUGCAUGAAAUUAGUCUAUAUUGAUCAUGUGGUGACAUGGCAAUAGUUUUAGUAUGUUUUACAUUUGACUCUUUGAUGCUUGAAUUUUGAAAUAUAAUAACAAUAGAACAAUGUCUAUCUAAACAUAUGUAUAUAAU